GACUUCUUCCGACCUUAAUCCAAGCCAAAGCCCUGAGUAGCCAAAACCCUAGCGGCAGAAGGAGGGGGAGAUGGAGCCGACUUCGCCGUCGUCGUCGUCGUCGCCGCCGGAAGUCGCUGAGCCGUCCUCUUCCUCCUCCUCGUCGUUGACGCAGCCGGAGCAGAGAACGAAGCUGUUCGUGGGCGGCAUCUCGUCGGACACGCAGGAGAAGGAUCUGGAGGAGCACUUCCGGGCGUUCGGCGAGCUGAAGCAGGUGAUGGUGUUGAGAGACCGGGUCACCGGGAUCGGGAGGGGCUUCGGCUUCGUCCUGUUCGCCCACCCGGAGGGCGCCGAGACCGCGCUCAAGAACCCCAAGCAUGUCAUUCUUCGGAGAACGGUUGAAGUGAAGCAAGCCAUACCGAGAGAUAAAAUCCACCAAAACCAGAAUCCUAAUCAGACCAGGGGGUCCACCAGAAAUAGCAAUGGUGACAUUAACAAUGGCAGGAACACUAACUCAAAAAAGAUUUUUAUAGGAGGUUUACCGCGUAGUAUCACACAACAUGAGCUAAAGAGUUAUUUUGAGAAGUUUGGAUCUGUUGUCGAUACAGUUGUUAUAUAUGAUAAUGUGACACAACGGCCAAGGGGUUUUGGCUUCAUCACAUUUUCUUCUGAGGACUCUGUGGCGAUGGUACUACAGAAAAGCUUCCACGAGUUGGAUGGGAAGCCUGUACAGGUCAAGAUAGGAGUUCCAAAAGAUGACACUAAUUGUACAAAUAACAGAAAUAAUAAUAAUCAUCAUAGUCCAAGAGCUUUUGGCGGAAGAGGUGGAAGAAGGCCUGUUUAUGUCCCCUAUCAAGACCCUUUUUACCAAAGCUUUGGAGGUAAUGGUUAUUCUCAAUAUUGUGCAGCAACACCUUUUCCUCAUUACCCUUAUGGACAACCUUAUGGAGGAGUAUAUAAUUCUGGCAUUGGAUAUAGGGGCCAUUACGGAAAUUCUGGGAGCCCUUGGAAUAAUUUAACUGGAAUGGUUGCACCUGUUGCCUAUACCUCUUAUGUCAACAUAGGUUAUGGAAGUAACAUGUUUGUGUCCACUUUGAAUUAUACUCAAGAUCAUGGAUCUUACAGCGAUAAUGAAAACCAAGAUGGUCCUAAUGUACAAACAGGGACAGUUGGGACUGCAACAGAGACAUGAUAAAUUUUGAUUGGCAGCUGCUAUUUUUUUUGCAGGGCAUCUGAUGCAACAAGUCUCACUUGCAGCUGCCGAUCAUCUGGAAGCCUGUAUGAACAAGUCUCCAUUGUAUUCAUAACCAUUCAUAUGAACAACUCGUCAUCUAUAUAUUGCUUUUGGUUAUACAUAUGUCCCCACCGAAAACCUGCUCAGACAUUGCAUGGUCUACCAAAUCACAUCUAGUCUUUGUAAUUCUUAACUUGCUCAGACGUCAAGAAUUUAUUGGUUUGACCUAAAAAAAAAAGUGUUAUUGUU